AUGGUAUAUGAUGUGGAAAAGAUGACUCGUAUGGAGGUCUAUACCUACAUCUCUGCGUUUGUGGACACGCUUGAGAAUCGACCUGCAUUACAGCAAUUGGCAACUAUUGAAGCCAACCGUGGUAUUAUGCUUCGGUACAUUGCGACUAAAGACCGUCUUGAUGCGAUCGCUCUUUCUCGAGCACUCUGUCGUCUUCUGGCCUACUCUCCACCUGGUGAUAGUACCGAGCGCACGGCGUGCCUCAUAUUUCUUCAGACGACGGCAACGGAGUCUUCUCUGCUACAGCGUCUUCUUCGUUACGUUCCAUUAUCUUUAGCUACGGCAGAGCAAGCACUAUUGGUUCUUUCGGCGUGGGAUGUGGUUCUUCACACUAUGGCACCCACGGAAGUCCAAACCCUGAAGCCGUCAGAGACUGGCGUUUUUACCCCUCGCCUUCGCUUCUAG